AUUAAAUAUUAAUCUUCAGCAGAAGAAAUGUUCACAGCCACGGUGAGCAGCUCUGAUAUGAAGUCUGGCACCAUAAGCCUCGGCCAUCCUCAGUGUGUUUGCUGCUACCAGAAUAACUUCAGUUUAUUACAAAGUGAUCGUCAACAGAUGGUUGUUUUUACUUUGAGUCUCUGAACAAACAUGUGGGGCAGCUGGAAAACGACUUUUGAUGGAGCUCUGAUUGAUCUAAAAACAUUUUAGGAGAGAAAUGAGUGUGAAAAGUCGCCGCGCAGAGCUGGUCACGACGGGGAAUGUGUGAGGUUUGGAGGCUCCCCAAACAAAAUGCAGAGAGCAUCAGAGCUCUACAUGACCUGAACAUGAAGAGACACAAGUCCGCUAUCGGCUCCCUUCACUGUCAGCCUUCAGCUCUUCUCCCACAUUUAGUUUAGAGUGUUUUAUCGAUGAGGAGAAAACACAAGUGGCACGGCGUUCAGACUGCACAGAGGAGCCACGGGCUGGGUUGAGUCUCCACGGUUCUCAUGGUGUGUUUAAGUGCAGCCUCGCUGCUCUGAGCUCUCCAACAGUCCAGUCACACUCUCGUGUUGUCCUGAGUACGAACGGAAGACAAGAUGGCAGAAGUAGCUCCAGCUCCAGCCGCCGCUCCGGCGAAAGCGGCCAAGAAGAAGGCGGCGACCAAACCGAAGAAGGCUGGCCCCAGCGUCAGAGACCUCAUCGUCAAGUCUGUGUCCGCAUCCAAGGAGCGCAGCGGCGUGUCUCUGGCCGCCGUCAAGAAGGCUCUGUCUGCCGGAGGUUACGAUGUGGAGAAGAACAAGGCCCGCGUUAAGGUCGCCAUCAAGGCUCUGGUCGCUAAGGGGACUCUGGUCCAGACCAAGGGCACCGGGGCAUCCGGCUCCUUCAAGAUGAACAAGAAGGCUGCUGAGCCCAAAGCCAAGAAGCCGGUCAAGAAAGCCGCUCCUAAAGCCAAGAAGCCCGCAGCCAAGAAACCCGCAACACCCAAGAAGCCCAAGGCAGCAGCAGCAAAGAAGCCGGCAGCCAAGAAAUCCCCCAAGAAAGUCAAGAAGCCCAAGGCCGUGGCAGCCAAGAAAGCAGCUAAGAGCCCCAAGAAGCCCACCAAGAGCCCCAAGAAAGUGGCACCCAAGAAGGCCCCUGCAGCCAAGAAAGCUCCCGCUAAGAAGGCUGCCAAGCCCAAAGCCAAGAAGGCAGCACCCAAGAAGAAGUGAGCUGUCUUCACUCACAACUAACGACAACAAACGGCUCUUUUAAGAGCCAACCACAUCAUUCAUAAAGA